AUGACUACUGUCGCCGUGGCCGGAGGUACCGGAGGUGUGGGUAAAACUCUUGUGGAAACCCUUGAGCAACAAUCCAAGUUUCGCGUCGUCGUGCUGUCACGCAAUAAGCAAACGAAAGAGAAACCUGCGACCGACACCUCCUAUGUGCAAAUUGAUUACAAUGAUAUUCCGGCACUUACAAGACAACUUGAGCUCUACAAGAUUCACACCAUCAUCUCCGCAAUCGGUCUUAUCUCCGAAGAAACCAGCAAUUCUCAAAUGAAUCUCAUAGAAGCAGCAGAAAACUCAAAAGUAACGGAGCGAUUCAUUCCUAGCGAAUAUUCAUUUAUUCAAACGGCCGACCUUCUUCCGAUUGAUCCUAGUAUACAAUUCUGGCUCGAUGCAGCGAAUCGGUUAAAAGGUAGCUCGCUCAAGUACACCCGAGUUAUCCCCGGUUUCUUCAUGGACUACUGGGGAAUGCCACAUGUCAAAACCAAUCUUCAGCCAUACAGGUUCGGUAUUGACAUUUCGAGCCGCAUAGCUGCCAUCCCUGGAGACGGGAACGAUGUGAUAUGUAUGACCUACACAUACGACAUGGCUCAGUAUAUGAUCAAAGCACUUGAUCUUGACGAGUGGCCGGAAUUCAGCGUCGUUGUUGGGGAUCAAAUCACCUAUAACCAAAUUUUGGCAAUCGUCGAGAAUAUUCUCGGGGGAAAAUUCCAGGUGACUUACGACAGCGUCGACCAGAUCGCAGUGGGAAAUGUGACCAACCCGCCCAUGCCGAGCGAUGUGGAUUACUCACAAGAGGAGAUUACAGAGGUCACUGCUCUAGUCAGUCGUCUUACGGUGAACGGAGUCUUUGAAUUGCCAAAGGAGAACCGACUGAAUGACAAAUUUCCCGACAUCCAGCCCAUUACGAUGAAGAAGCUUUUGGAGGACUCUUGGGGAGGAGCCAAUAUUCACCUCAAAUAG